AUGAGCUCUCAAAUUGACGUGAGCUUAAGUGACAUAUUCUUCAAAUCGUACGGCAUUGACCUUAGCCUGGGUAAUCCGAUUUACGUGUUUGACUCAACACAUCUACCCUCUGAAAACGAGGUGGAAAGCAAGGAAGUAUAUGACAUGCUUAUUGAUGAGCUUAUGGAUCAUUUGAUUACCAAAUUACCAUCCUGUCCCUAUUCUUUGGUCGUUUUUAGUUCUGGAUUUAGCAAAAACAACAUCAGUUGGAUUUAUGGGGUCAAGAUGUUUUCAAAACUACCUAAAGAAAGUCGUGACGUCCUCCAAAGAAUAUACAUCGUUCAUGAAUCUUUCUUCGUGAGAACUGUUCAUCAAGUUUUAACAAAUGCAUUGAACUUUAAGUUCAUCAGUAGAGAACGGUCAGAUAUACUAGUUCACAUAUCAAAUUUGACGGAGCUUUCGCGACAUGUUGACAUUACUUUGCUUCGCAUUUCUUUGAAUGUUUAUCUCCAUGACUACCAGCUCAGAGAUCAUAUUGUUGUCCCAGAGGAAUAUCUGGAAGGAAGGUCACCUCUAGCCAAGAGACAAUACAGACAGCUCAUAUUCGACAAAAUCUUUAAAAGGCUGAGGAUUGAGGCACCUAAGCAUGAAUUGGUAUUUCAAAAACCAGGAUCUUAUCAAAGAGUGAACAUUCUACUUGAUGUCAUAAAAAGAAAUAACCAUGUCGACUUAUCCCAAUGGGAUGUAUAUUCUUUAGCAUCGGUCUUUUUACAUUUUCUUAAGAACAAAACGAAACCAAUCUUUCCAAUUGACUUAAUCCCUUUACCCAUUAAUGAUUCUCCAGAGUAUACAUAUGAGGCUUUUGUGAGAAUGAUGACUUUUAAUAAUUAUUAUGACUUGGUUUGUUUCAUUUUCAAACUUUUCUUCAGUCUAUUGGAGAAUGCAGAUGUUACUAGGCAUGACUACAAGUCCAUAAGCAAAUGCUUAACACCAACACUAUGUCAAGAAAAAGUAUCUAUCAAGACUGGGGAUAAGCUUGCCAUAGGUUACCGUUAUGUGCGAAACGUAUUUGUGCACUUCAAAUUCAUAACUGACAGUAUAGAGAAAAACAAGGAUCUUUCGGUACUGAGAAACUUUAGGGAUGAAAAGGUAGAUCAAAAUCUACCAUCUGUUCCCAGACCGAGGAAAUCUAACCCCAGUAGUAGUGAUACAAAUAAAGUUGACUCUCUUGGAAGCAAAAUGCGCAGUUGCAGCCCACCGGCUUUACCAAAGAGAAAAAUCAACGUCAGAUCAUCUGAAAGAGCAAACAAUUCCAGUUUGCAAUCAUUAGCUGUCGGUGAUGAACGCAUUUUGAGUAAAGGCAGCAACGUAUCCACUUUAGUUGAUGAACAUCCUCCAUGUACAUCUACUAACGGUUCCACAUUAACUUUGACCAGCGAUUCACAAGAUGAAACCUCUUCUAUUGAAAUACGAGGUUCUUCGCCGCUAGAUGAUGCUGUAACUUUCAAAACUUCACAAGCAACAGAAGGUCGUCUUAUUUUAGAAGAAGAUGUUAGCAAACUUAUUUUGGAUAAUAAUGAAAAGAUCCAAUCUUUCGAUAAGGAGCUUAAAAAGAAAAAGAAUGCAGAGACUGAAGUAGGUACGAAGUUUUCACAGAAAGGAUACUCUGAUAUAAAAGCUGGUAACAAAGUUAGUAGAUUAGCAGCUCUUUACGAAGAGCGCUUAAUGGGACUACGAGUAAUAGAAGAUUUGAGGCUCCGAGAAUCUUGA